AUGCAGAUUUUCGUGAAGACCCUCACGGGUAAGACCAUCACCUUGGAGGUGGAGUCCUCGGACACCAUCGACAACGUCAAGGCGAAGAUCCAGGACAAGGAGGGGAUCCCCCCCGACCAGCAGCGUCUGAUCUUCGCGGGCAAGCAGCUCGAGGACGGCCGCACGCUCGCGGAUUACAACAUCCAGAAGGAGUCCACGCUGCACCUCGUGCUCCGUCUCCGCGGCGGCAUCAUCGAGCCCUCGCUCCUCGUGCUCGCGCGCAAGUACAACGUCGACAAGAUGAUCUGCCGCAAGUGA